CCAUUGCUGGGGCUCCGCCGCGGGGAGGAGGACGCUGAGGAGGCGCCGAGCCGCGCAGCGCUGCGGGGGAGGCGCCCGCGCCGUCGCGGGGCCCAUGGCCAGGACCACCAGCCAGCUGUACGACACCGUUCCUAUUCAGUCCAGCGUGGUGUUAUGUGCUUGCCCGUCCCCAUCAAUGGUGAGGACCCAGACUGAGUCCGGCACGGCCCCUGGCAUUCCGAGCGGCGGCAGCAGACAGGGCCCUACCAUGGACAGCACCGCGGCUGCGCCCCGCCCGAGUGCGAGCUCCCUGCAGCACACCGCCCAGCCACCGCCACAGCCUCGGAAGAAACGGCCUGAAGACUUCAAAUUUGGGAAAAUUCUUGGUGAAGGCUCUUUUUCCACAGUGGUCCUGGCCCGAGAACUGGCAACCUCAAGGGAAUAUGCUAUUAAAAUUCUAGAGAAACGUCACAUUAUCAAAGAGAACAAGGUCCCGUAUGUAACCAGAGAGAGAGACGUGAUGUCACGCCUGGAUCACCCGUUCUUUGUUAAACUUUACUUCACAUUUCAGGAUGAUGAAAAGCUAUACUUUGGUCUUAGUUAUGCCAAAAAUGGAGAACUACUUAAAUACAUUCGCAAAAUUGGCUCAUUCGAUGAGACAUGCACCCGGUUUUACACGGCCGAGAUGGUGUCAGCUCUGGAGUACUUGCAUGGCAAGGGCAUCAUUCACAGGGACCUGAAGCCAGAAAACAUUUUGUUGAAUGAGGACAUGCACAUCCAGAUCACGGAUUUUGGAACAGCAAAAGUGCUAUCCCCGGAGAGUAAACAAGCCAGGGCCAACUCAUUUGUAGGAACAGCCCAGUAUGUGUCUCCAGAGCUGCUCACCGAGAAGUCGGCCUGUAAAAGUUCAGACCUUUGGGCUCUCGGAUGUAUAAUAUACCAGCUUGUGGCCGGACUGCCGCCUUUUCGAGCAGGAAAUGAGUAUCUUAUAUUUCAGAAGAUCAUUAAGUUGGAAUAUGACUUCCCUGAAAAAUUCUUCCCUAAGGCAAGAGACCUUGUGGAAAAACUUUUGGUUUUAGAUGCCACCAAGCGAUUAGGCUGUGAGGAAAUGGGAGGCUAUGGCCCCCUACGAGCUCAUCCAUUCUUCGAGUCCAUCACGUGGGAGAACUUGCAGCAUCAGACACCUCCAAAGCUCACCGCCUACCUGCCGGCCAUGUCAGAGGACGACGAGGACUGCUAUGGAAACUACGACAACCUCCUGAGCCAGUUUGGCUGCAUGCAGGUGUCCUCGUCAUCAUCCUCCCACUCCCUGUCCACCGCGGAUGCAGGCCUGCCACACACGGCGGGCAGCAACAUCGAGCAGUAUAUCCAUGACCUGGACACUAAUUCUUUUGAACUGGACUUAGAGUUCUCCGAAGAUGAGAAGAGGUUACUACUGGAGAAGCAGGCCAGUGGAAACCCUUGGCAUCAGUUUGUAGAAAAUAACUUAAUACUAAAGAUGGGUCCCGUAGAUAAGCGAAAGGGCCUGUUUGCACGACGACGACAGUUACUGCUUACAGAAGGGCCCCACUUGUAUUAUGUGGAUCCUGUCAACAAAGUCCUGAAAGGGGAAAUUCCGUGGUCACAAGAGCUCCGACCAGAGGCCAAGAAUUUUAAAACCUUCUUCGUGCACACGCCGAACAGGACGUAUUACCUGAUGGACCCGAGUGGGAAUGCUCACAAAUGGUGCAAAAAGAUCCAGGAGGUGUGGAGACACAGAUACCAGAGCCACCCGGAUGCCGCAGUGCAGUGACAGGCCACAGCUGCUGCUCUUGCUGCCAGGACACGUGCCCCAGCGCGGCUCGCCACCCUCUGGGACGCUUCCAGACCACCUGCCAGCCAUCUCAAGGGGGACGCAGACGGCGGAACCUUGCAGCUUUUUUAUUUAAAAGAAAAGAAGAAAAAAAUACCCAACCACACAAAGAACAAAACCAAUAACGAAAAGGAAUUCAGGGUCGCUUUGCUUGCUCUCUGUGCUCUGUGGAGGCUCCCCAGGCUCUCCCUGCCGGGGGGACCCAGCGCUGUGCACGUCCACCUGACUCCCACCCGGGCGAGUGGAACAGACUCAAGUCACCAGCUCUGCGCCACAUGCCCUGGUCACCCACCGGCUGGUCCUCCUGUGGCCGAGGGGAUGGGAUGUGUGUCUGGGCUCUUCCUGCCCCUCAGUUAUCACAGAACCCGUCGGCAGGGAGCCGUGUGCGCCUCUGCCAGGGCGGCUUCAAUCUCUGCAGGGCGGGGGGGUUCUUGGCUUUGGUCCGUGUGCUCUUUUUCUUGUGUCCCUACUUGAUGCCCCUGUGCCCCGCCAGGGCCCCUGCUGGCCUUCUUGCAUCGCUCUGGCUGCGAGUGCUCCAUGCCUUGUGCUCGUUGGGCAGGCUCCAGGUGGGGAGACAUGGAGCGGGCUGUCAGGGUGCGCGAUGGGGCUGCUGCUGAGGUCGGAGGGUGCCGGCAGGCUGUUCGGAUUGAACGUCCCUCUGCGUGGGGUUGGCCCUGUGGAGCUAGAAGGAGGCAUGGGUCCAGAAAGAGCAUAGUGAGCAGUGGGCGCCCACUCGUGCCAGGAGAUAGGGAGGGCUGUGCUCUGCUCCAUGGAAGGCCUGCGCAGCAGGGCAGACUGGGCCCAGUGUCACCCACGUGGAGGAGUGCUGCCUGAUGAACUCCCCCUGAGAGUUUGGUCAGAGGGUGGAACGUGUAGGCCCUUGGAGCAGUUUGCUAGGGCCGAGGGGCUCUGGGCACCAGUGGUCGCCCAGCUGUGACACACACCCCUUUCAUGGUGAGGGAACGUUCUCGUAGCCUGACUCCCAGCACGUUCACAUAUCCACAGUGAAAGUCUGAAAGCCUUCUCCUGCUGCCAGGUCAUUUAUCCCCAGCAAGACGUGGGCCUUGCCGGGAUGAAAGCGUUGGUCUCCCUGCACGAGGAUAGGAACACCACACUGGGGUCUGAGCGCCCAGCCUGCUCACCCCUGUGCUUUUAGCUGGCCUGCCUUUCCCUCUUCAGAGGCAGUUCAUGCGGUAUGUGCACAUACCACAGGGGGUCCACGAUUUACCAGUCCUUUGAUUUCUUUGCUGCUGCCUCCUGGACAGAGAAAGCCAGUAAGCCUGGUGGGGCUCAGAGUUCCUCUCCCUGCCCAGGUUGUCCCGUGAGGGCGGUCCACAGCCUGCAGGCCACUCACAGACAUGUCUGUCUGUCUCCAGGGGAUGAACAACUUCAUAGUUUCCUUUAACUUUCAUGAAGGCACCAGCACAAGGUUCACACACAAAAGAUUCCCCCUGACAACUCUGCCCCCAUCUCCUGUCUCAAAGCAUCCAACACCCCGUGUUGAAGAGUGGUCCAGAUUUAGACAAAAUAUGUCUUUCUCAAACGGGUUUAGUGAGAAGAGUGACCCUUGUCAGCCUGGGAGGGAAGCAUGGCUGUGGAGGUGUCCCUGCUGGGCCGUGCAGGAGCUGGAUGGGAGCAGAGGUGGGCCAGGGCGCCAGCGGCCUUCAUCCGGGGCCUGAGUCUCGUGCAUUGCUGUGUGAGAGCUGUGCGCGAGCAAGGGUGCGUGUGCACAUGUGCCCGCGCCAGGGCGGAUGCCAGGCUGUUGAGGGCAUGCCUGCCCGGGGCCAGGGUCGUAAGUCAAGCUCCCCUCUUCCUCCUCUUCGCUUUUGUGUUCACCUGCUUUUCAAAAAAGUAAGUCUUGCCGGGCCGUCAGGAACGUAAUUUCCAGGUUUCUCCCCAUGUUGAUCAUUUGCCUUUCUUGGAGCACCCCCGUCUGUGGGUGGGCUGUUCAGAGAGUUGGGGGCUGCUGCUGCACCGCGUGCUUCCGUGGGUCUGGCUACAGAGACAAGCGGAGCUGGCAUUUGGCUUGAAUAAGAGCACUCAGCCGGGCUGCUUGGGGGGGAGGGGAUGGGCGUCCGCUGCUGCCUUCCCCCUGGGCGGUGCCACUACCUCCUGGGCUUCACCCACCAGCUCCAUCGUAACCUCCGAAAUUAGAGAAUGAGGGGUUCGGGGUUUAGCUUGCAGCUGACAGAGUUGAAGUGACUGCCCUUACCUGAGCCAGUGACAGCUGAGCCCUUCUCCCUAUGCCACCUUUCUCCUCUCACUCAGAGCCUUGAGCCCCUCCCCCCCCUUAAAGGCACAUACAUGUUCUUUCCCUGCCCUGUGGUUGUCCGUGUCAGCUUUCGUCUUGUGCAGCUCGUCCUCAGAGCUCCCGCCCCGGCGUGCGGGUGCCUUGCCUUCUAAGACAUGGGCAUGGCUGUCGGUCAAGUGUGUACACAGGUGUACGUGAAAGUACAGAUGAUUUAGCCACGCCGAGAAAGUGUCCUGCUGUUGACUAGUGUGUCAGUGAGGGCAAGGAGAAGGUUCAGUGCCAAACCUCAUAGCCGGCAAGCAAGGCCAGUCCCACGCCAUGUGGCCUCGCCAGGCAUAGGGCAGGGAGCUAGCCUGUGGCCUCCACAGGCUCAGGGGGCCCACUGCGCGUCACCCCUCUCUGGGAACUCCAGGAAGCCAGGUUUGGGAGGGACUGUUUCCUUCCCUCUUUCUGAGGACCUGAGCAGGAGUAGGGCCACUGGGUUGUGGUAUCAGGUGGCCCCAGGGGCCACACAAGGCCCCACCUGGGGCACAUGGCCCUGUGCUGUCCUGCUGCUCUGAUCUUGGCUCUCAGGAGAGCGCGUUACACACCCGCUUUGCGGGAGACGCCUCAUGCUUGCACCAGGGCUGGCAGGACCCGCGCCUUCUUCAGGCCCUGCAGCCGUCUGUGGUAUUUGUGACCAAGGCCUGUGGGCAUCACAGGAGGCAGCCCCGUGGCACAGACUCACCAGGGCCAUGUGCCAGCCCAGGGGCUCCAGGUGUUUCUGUACUUUCUUCAAACAUUUGUUUUCCGAGAGCAUGGCCUGUAGGCUUACCACCCAGUAGAGACACCACCCCCAUGCACACACGUGUGUUUGCUUUUUUCAACUGAACUGGGAACAUGAAGCACAUGCUGCUCUGCAUCUAGCUUGUUUCACUCGAUCGUUUAUCUUGGGCAUUUCUUCACAUCACAAACCAUGAUUAAAAACAUUGUUUUUAGUGAUUGUAGAGCUUAAUGGUUAUAAAUUUUACCAUCACUUCUCUGACCAUUUUCCUGUUACAAAACAUUUGGAUGGUCUCUGGGUUUUCACUACUUACAUAAUGCUGUGGCGAAUGUCCUCAUAAAUCUUUGAUUUUGACUCCGAUGCCCCCCCACCGGCCCACCCCCCGUUUCUAGAGGGAGUGUUUUUGGGUCACAAAGUGUUUGUUUUCAAGGUGGUGUUAGUCUCUCUUGCUGCGUCUUGACCUGAGGCCUGGAAGCUCAGAGUUCUAGUACACAACCUCCUCAUUCGGAACAAAUCCGUCUCUGGUAAAGUGUGUGUUCCCAAGGAUGUCCUAGUAAGACUGCUCUUUUUUUUCUCCCCCCACAAUGCUAAAAUGAUAUCAUUUCUUGCAGUCCGUUUGUGACAGAUUCUUCCGAAAGUCGUUUCCUUAUUUUCAUUGACAAUCUGGUUAUGCUUGCAUGUUAGCACCUUCCCGUCCCUGCUGCCGUGGCUUUCAGGCGCUUGCUGGGAUUUUCCGAAGCUUGUGCUUCGUGUGCACAAUGGUACUGAAUCUGCAUCUGCACAGGCAGCAGAGAAACACAAACGCUGAACUGACCUUGCCACACACUCAGUGGGUGAUUUGUCAUUAAGUUUGCAGACUCGAAAAAUACACUGGGCCAUUUGGAAUCCUUAGAAGAGCAAACCCUCUGCUUGAGGAAGAGACCAUGGAGGCAGCUGAGUUUCCCGGAAGGCUGUUGGCCCCGUGCUGCUCAAGGGGAGGCGCUCAGUACGGAGGUCUCAGCAGUUCAUUCCAGCUCAGCGGUCAGGCCUCCUCCAGUAGAGGGUGGUGGCCCUGACCUUCGUGGCUUUCGGGACUCCUUCCCUGUCCGCCCUCGCAGUGUUGCAGGUUGGCUGGCUGGCUUCAAACCCAGGCCACCCAGUUUGGUUUCAUUCCUAAUUUCUCCUCUGUAGUUUGGGGUCCACUAACUGCGAGGGGAGAGGUGCAUGAGAGGUUUCUUCAGGUGCCGUAUGCAGCAUCACAAGUCUGCCAGAGAUUUUGGCUGGAUUGUGCAGAAUUGGACUUCUGCCCUCCCCUGACACCCCGGGUCCCCCGCCCCCCUGUCCGAUGCACAGACUGAGGGUGCUCACUCCCCAGAUGCAGAGGUUGCAGUCACUUCCCAGAAUACGAUGAAGGUACUGUUCUUAGAGAUGUCGCCAUGUAUGGCUUUCCACAUCCUUUCUUUUCAUCCAAAGCUCACGUGAGCUGACGGUGACUCAGGUGGGUGUGGCCCUUCCCUCUUAGGCAGCCUAUAUGGCAAGUGCCUUAAAUCAGGGCAGGAGUCCCUUCCAGAGCGUCUGAGGGGUGCAGGCUGCUGGCCCGGGUUGCGGAGUUGCAAAUCAGACUGCCUGUGGAGAACUGGUUUGGGGAAGGAGCUGUUGCAGCGAAGAGCCAUUUUCUCUGUGGCUCAAGACAGCUGUGACAGACAGCUGAACCGGCCUGCAUGUGUACCUGUUUUCCCCAGAACCCACUUCUUCGCUAUGAAGAAGCACCAACCUUCCCGUGCAGAGAACUUUUUACAAAGGCAGACCUUUUCUUAGCGUGUGAUGCACCCUAGUCCCAACCCGUCUGGCAGAAUGACUUAGGGAUAGGGGUCAUUUUGCUGGUGAAAAGCCUCUAUCCUUAUCAGAAGUUUGAUUGGACAUUGACAAAAAUAAAUUUUUGCAGUAUUUAGAGCUGCUGUAGCUGUUCCUUUACACAAAAUAGGAUGAAUCAGUAGUAUGGUAGCUGUCUUUCAGGUUGGUGGCAGUCAGUUAGAACAUGUGUAAAAUUCUCUACCUGGUCUGUAGCUGUAACUGUGAUGUACAGGCAAAGCAAAAAUUUAAAACAUGAAAACAAAUAAUGCAAUGAUAUUAGGAUAUACACUUUUGUAUUUUUAUUCUUAUAUAAGGUUAUUUGCUGGCUAUUGUUGGCCUCUAGUUCAGUCUGUGUUAUUUAAAAUCUAAUAUAUGAAUUAUUUGGAUUGAAUUCAUGUUCGGGGCCACGUUGUUGUAUGUAUUGAUGUACAGCCUUGAAUGUGAAUAAUUAUUGUAAACUAUAUUUUACAACUUUUUUUCUGGCUUUAUUAUAUAAAUUUUCUAUUUGGUCAAUGAUUUAAUCAUAUAAUUUAAUGAAUCUGUUUCUUCUCUUUUUUUCAAAUAUUUGUGCUUUAGAUGUAGUUACUGGAUGAUGAAUUUUCCACGUAUGCUCGGUAGUCUUGUAAUAAAAAAGCAUGUAGAGUGUA